AUGAAAGCCGAGAUUAUCAAGAAACCACAAACCUCCUUUGACCGUGUUAGAGCUUUAUUAGAUACCCUUCCCCGGCGGGAGCCAGAAGCCUACACCCUCUUCUGUAAAGCUUUGGAGGAAUGUGGAGAGAUACAGGCUAUGACAUUGUUGGGACUAGAGACAGACAAGACAGAGCUACAGGAUCCUCGUUGUCAUAUAGACUUAGACAAUGACGUAUUUGUGACGUCCAAGAUGUGGAAUGGAGAACUAGGAAUUCAUGUAAGGAAGUACGAUGUAUAUCCUAGUGGAAGAAGUUAUCCUGCCAAACGUGGUAUUGUCCUGAGUUUGAAACAUUGGCUGGAACUUAGUGGCGUCCAUUUCAAGCUUCAGGAGGCCAUCAAUCAAGGAAGGACCCAUGAUUAUGCUCAUGUGGGAGCCAAUAUAGUCAUGUUUGACUUUGUGCCAGAACUGAAAGAGAUGGUUCCCUGUCUCCUUCAGGAACAUCAUCAAAACCAGAUCGGAGCUUUAAUGUGUUCCUUCU